GUCGCUCAUUAGCCGGUGUCAAAGGGGAUUUUCCGGAGAGUUAUAACGGAUUUGUGUUUAGAACGUUUGAUCCCAAUCAAGAAUCGAUUGAUGAGUGAAAUAUUUAAGUGAAUUCGUUUUUGUGGAAAAAUCUUUAAUCGAACUCCGUCAACCCCCUUCGAGACACAUCCCCAGGACUCAUCAGGAUGAGUCCCACGACUGUCACGAGCCUGUUCGCGCUCACGGUGGCCAUGGCGUUCUUCAUCCAUGUGAUAGAUUGCGGAGUCGUGGACAGGGAACCGCGAGCCUACAAGCAGUACAACACCAACAGCAACACGGCCGGCGGUGGUGGCGGGGAAGUUCCGGCCAAGCGACCGUUCUGUAACGCCUUCACCGGAUGUGGCAAGAAGCGAUCGUCGGUGGCGGUCACGCCGGUGGCCAUGAUGCACCGGCACGCGCUCACCUCGGAACAGAACCGGCCCAAGGUGACCGAGGGCUUCGACCCGAACGAGGACUCGCUCGCCAACCUGAUCGACCUGAACACCGAGCCCGCCGUCGAGGACCUCAUGAGGCAGAUCAUGUCCGAGGCCAAGCUGUGGGAAGCCAUCCAGGAAGCGAACCGGGAGAUUUACCUCCAAAAGCAGGGCCAGAAGACGCAGAGCGAUUCGUUCCCGAUUUCGUUUAGCACCCAGUAAAAAAAUAGAGUUCAAACUCAAGUUGUUCCUAGGAUAAGGCUUCGUUUAAGAACGUCUGUUACAAGCUCUGAAAACUCAUCAAACAAAUGCCAACGAAAUUAAUACUCCUUAAAUAUUGGGAAACGGUUGCUGUCCUCACAAGAAAUUGUUCACUCUUGCUCCAAUGUACUUACUUUUUUGUAUGAGAUGAUUAAACAAAAAUGCAGUUGCAAUGUGGCUGUUUUGUACUAAAGUUGCACUUCUUUUAGCGAUAAGAAAUUAAGGUCUAUUGUAAAUACAUGAUGCAAAUGUAAUGCACCGAAAAUGCUGCAAUAAAAAC